AUGGGGCCGGACGGCCAGGUUAUCAAUUUGGAUGGACCUGGGAUGUCUGCUGCAGAAGGUAGGCCGAGCAGCAGCAGCAGCAGCAGCAGCAGCACCAGUAGCAGCAGCAGCAGCAGCAGCAGCAGCAGUAGCAACUGCAGCAGCAGUAGCAGCAGCAGCAGCAGAAGCAGCACAUUUUCAAAUAUCCCGGAGACGUUUUUUGCGUUGGCGCAGCAGAUGGGGAUUGCUGAGGGCCGAGCGAAGGUGCUGCGGUCUCUUGCUGCUGCUGCUGCUGCUGCAGCAGCAGCAGCAAACGAGAGGGGCGGUGAGGGAGCUGAGGAGGGUGCUGCUGCUGCUGCUGCGGAUGCUGCUGCGGAUGCUGCUGCUGCAGCAGCAGAUGCUGCUGCUGCUUCGAAUGAACAAAAAGAAGAAAAAAACAAACAAAAUAAUUAUAAUAUUUUACAGCAGCAAAUGCAUGCAAUACAGCAGCAACUAGACAGCCACUCAGACACAGCAGCAACCAACAGCAGCAGCAGCAGCAGCAGCAGCAGCAGCAGCAAGACCAACAGCAGCAAGACCCCUUCUCCCAGCACCACCAGCAACAGCAACAGCAACAGCAGCAGCAGCAACAACAACAAAAACAGCAGCAGCAACAACAACAACAACAACAACAAAAACAGCAGCAGCAGCAGCAGCAGCAGCAGCAGCAGCAGCAGCAGCAGCAAGGAGAGAGGUUCUAUAUCUUUUGGGCUUAUGAUUGGUGUACCCAUACAGCAGCAGCAGCAGCAGCAGCAGAAGAAGAAGAAGUAA